CCUCUUUGUUUUGGAAUAAUCAGAGUAAUUGGUGGCAAAUGGAGGAGGAGAGAGAAGAGGGAGGGAAGGUAAGGGCUUUGAUAGAGAAGGCGACAAACUCCACGGCUCCGGAGGUGGACCCUCGCCUCCUCAAGGCCAUCAAAUCGGUGGUCCGCUAUUCGGAUCGGGAGCUCCGACUCGCCGCCCAGACCCUUAUGGACCUUAUGAAGCGCGAUCACUCUCAGGUAAGGUAUCUCACGCUUCUCAUAAUUGAUGAACUCUUCAUGCGGUCAAAGCUUUUCAGAACCAUCCUUGUUGAGAACUUGGAUCUGUUACUAAGUUUGAGUGUUGGGUUCAGAAGAAAUCUGCCUCUCCCUGCUCCACCAGCUGUUGCAUCUGUUUUGCGCUCAAAGGCAAUUGAAUUCCUGGAGAAGUGGAACUCUUCCUUUGGGAUUCAUUACAGGCAGCUCAGAUUAGGAUUUGACUACCUUAAAAACACCCUCAAGUUCCAAUUUCCAAAUCUACAGGCACAUGCAGCUCGAAUUCAGCAGGAGAGAAGGGAAAGGGAAAGAAGGUCAAAAGAGCUUUUACUAAAAAAAUUUGAAAUGUUGAAGGAGAACUUCUCAUCAAUAAAGGAAGAAAUAAAGUCAACAAUAGAUGAGAUUAGAGAAUGUUUAGACAUUGUCUGUGCAAAAGAUGAAUUUAUGCCACUGGGUCCUAUAGAUGAUGAAGAUUUUGAAGAGUUUCGUUCAUCUGAACUGCUGCAAAUCCGUCUCAAUACUUUAAGAGAAGGGCAAAAGGUUCAUGAAAACAAUGACAAUAAAGUGGUUUUUGAUGCAUUGAGGGAGCUAUACAAGCUUCUAGUGACAAAGCAUUUGGUUUCAGUCCAAGAAGGCAUUUCUGUUCUUGUAAGGGUCGAAGUGGCAGACAACAGGGUCAGAGAUUCCACUUUGAAGGAGUUAAUAGAUAUCCGAAAUUGUCUCCAAUCGGUGAAGAAGAAGUGUGAAGAAUCAGGUUGUGCUGUUCCAAACACUACAAGUUGUGAUGAUGAAGAAGAAGAUUUCUGGGAGGAGGGUAAGAUUGGAUCACUUGAGAAUGAGAGGUCUACUGUACCCAAUAAUCAAAAUGAAAAUCUUUCCAUGGCAUUAGCAUCUAUCGAGUUGAAAAAUAGAACUCUUGAAAGCAAUAACAGGGGUUCUAAUGACAAUGAGUUGCCCAGUCUUGAAGGUGGUGAAACUGGUACAAACUCUUUAAGGAAUAAGCUUCUGGCUGACGCUCCCAUGAUGAGCUGGGGCUAUUUCUUGAAUAACUGGGGCUCAAAUAGGGAGGUUUUAGCUAAUCAGCGGGGGUUGGAGCUUGAAAGUCACUGGGGUAGGGUGGACUAUGAUGCAGUUAUCCCAGCUGAGAAAAUUGCCGAACUGAAUGUUCAUUCAACUCUUUACAAAGAGGAGCAAACUGAAAUUCAACCAUGCCGUGCUCCUUUGAGGAAAGGGGGACUUUGUCAGAGAAGAGACUUGAGAGUUUGCCCAUUUCAUGGACGUAUUAUACCUCGAGAUGACGAAGGAAAGCCACUUAAUCAUAACUCUUCAAAGGACGAGAUAACUCUUGAUUCAGGGACUGAUUUAGUUGAGCAGGUAGCAAAACAAGCUGUGAAGAAUGUUCGUGAGAGAGAUAAAGAGGUACUGAAAAAGAGAGAAAUUGAUAAACGGUCACUGAAGCGUGCAAAGCUUGCGAAAAUUCGGGAGCACAAUGACGUGGUUCUUAGGGAUGCUGCAUUGGCAUCGACUUCAAGCUCUGCAGCUAUUGGAGAAGAUAUGGAGGCAACUAAUGGAGAGAAGCUGUCGGCCAGAAACAAGAAGGAAACACUGUCAUCCAUGCUGCGCAAGAAAGUAACACCAAAAGAUAGGUUAGCUCAGAGGCUUUUGAAUACACAGGUGAAGGAUGCAACAGUAAGAGAGCUUACAUUGGGUGAGGAUUCAAAUUACCGAGAAGCCUUCCCAAAUCAAUGGUAAUGAAAACUUCCUUGUCAAGCUUUUGGGCUUUUUUAAAGGAAUCAGAAUUUCACAGGUGUACCACAUUCAGGUGUAUCAUAUAUAUGUAGAAUUCCUUUUCUUUUUUUUUUCAAUUAUUUUAAAUCUUUGUGAAAGAUUUGUAUAUACUUGAGGUGAAUAGCAGAGCUGGAUUGAAAGUUUACAAUAAAAAAGUUGCGAAGUUUCUAUA